AUGGCUCAGCGAGGACUUCAGCUGGAUCAUGAGAGGUUCUGCUGUCCAGUCUGUCUGGAUCUGCUGGAGGAUCCAGCCACUCUGCCCUGUGGGCACAGUUACUGCAUGUGCUGUAUUAAGAAACACUGGGAUGAAGAGAGUGAGGGAGGAAUCCCCAGCUGUCCUCAGUGCAGACAGACCUUCAUACCCAAACCAGUCCUGCGGAAAAACACCAUGUUAGCAGACUUAGUGGAGGAGCUGAAGAAGACCGGACUCCAGGCUGCUCCUCAUCCUCAGCACUAUGCUGGACCUGGAGAUGUGGCCUGUGAUGUGUGCAGUGGGAGGAAGCUGAAAGCCUCCAGGUCCUGUCUGCAGUGUGUGGCCUCCUACUGUGAGCUCCACCUCCGGCCUCACCACGAAGCCCCCAUUUUUCACAAACACCAGCUGGUGGAGGCCUCGGCAGAGCUCCAGGAGAUCAUCUGCUCCGUUCACAGCAAAGUGAAGGAGGUGUUCUGUCGCAGCGAUCAGCAGUGCAUCUGUCUCCUCUGUGCUAUGGAUGCACACCGAGGCCACGACACAGUGUCAGCUGCAGCAGAGAGGACCGAGAGGCAGAGCGCGCUUGGGCCGAUGAGGCUCGACAUCCAGCGGAGGAUCCAGGACGCACAGAGAGACGUGGAGCUGCUUCAGCAGCAGGUGGAGGCCAUCGAUUGCUCUGCCGACGAAGCCCUGAAGGACAGUCGGACCCGGUUGAGCCAGCUGCUCCGACUGGUGGAGGAAGAAAGCUGCGAGGUGCAGCAGCAGAUCAGAUCCCAGCAGCAAACUGAAGUGAGUCGAGUCAAAGAGCUGGAGAAGAAGCUGCAGCAGGAGAUCGGUGAGCUGAGGAGGAGAGAUGUGGAGCUGGAGCAGCUCUCACGCACAGAGGAGCACAGCCAGUUUCUCCUCAGGCACUCCUCGCUGUCAGCCCUCAGUGAACCCACACGCUCAGCCAGCAUCAGUGUCCGUCCUCCCUGCUGCUUCCUGGAGGUGACGGCAGCUGUUUCUGAGCUCGCAGACAAAAUCCAAAGCAUCCUGCGUCAGGACCACACCCAGAUCUCAGCCGGGACCAGAGCAGAGUUACUCCGAGACUCCUGGCUCCUCGGUGUGGAUCCAAACACAGUGAGCGUGGGGCUGAAGAUCACAGAGGGGAACAGGAAGCUAACGUUUGUGGGUAGAAAACAGUCCUACCCUCAUCAUCGUCACAGAUUCACCGACAGCUUCCAGGCUUUGAGCACACAGAGUAUGACCGUUCGCUCUUACUGGGAGGUGAAGUGGAGCGGGGCCAUUUCAGUGGCGGUCGCAUACGGGAGCGUGAGCCGAACAGGAAGUGACAGCAGUUUUGGAGAUGACCACAAGUCCUGGGCGUUGUACUGUGACAGGAACGGUUACAAAGCGAGACAUGACGGAGUAAGCGCGUUCCUGUCGGGGCCUCCGUCCUCCGUGGUCGGAGUGCACCUGGAUCACGGUGCAGGUGUCCUGUCCUUCUACAGCGUCUGUGACACCGUCACCCUCCUCCACAGAGUCCAGACCACGUUCACGGAGCCCCUACACGCUGGACUCUGUGUGUGCUUGGGAUCCACUGCUGAGCUGCUCCAGCCCAAUCAGAGCGAGUAG